AUGCUGCUGGUUGCGGGAAGAGGGAUGGAAGCGGGGUUUCGCGAGAAGGGCGCACAAAGAAGGGACGGGGAACAGGGGGGUGUGGCGGAGCAGGGUAGCGGAAGAUGGGGGAAAGGGGGCAUUGAGGCAAGGCUUGGGGAGUGGGGCGGAGGGGAGGGGGAAGAGGCGGUGGAGGAUGAAGAGGAGGAAGAGGAGGAGGAGACGGAGGAUAAGGAGGGAAUUUCACGGGAGGAAGAGGAGGAGAGCGAGAGAGGAGAAGUGAGGAGGAAGGGUGAGGAGGGGAGUGUGUGGAAUGAGAUUAUGAGCAAACUGGAAGAGGGGAAGGGCAAGGGUGGCCGGGGAAGGGAGAAACGAUUCAGGCGAAAACGCAGAGGAGCGGACAGAGGUGGUUUGAGUGGCAUGGGUAAGGUGGGUGGGACAAGAGAAGCAGGUUUGGAUAAUAUCGCGGAGGAGAUAGGAAUGGGGCGUGGCGGUGGGGAGGAUUUGGGAGUGAGGGAUGGGGGAGAGGGAAGUGGGGGGGCUGGGGGUGGCGAUGGGCUGGGCGAAGGAACAGGAGCAGCUGAUGGGGAAGCCACAGCUGAUAGUGUAGAGAGCGGUGCUGCAGGCAGAGGGAGCGGUGAAAAUGGGUUGAAAGGCAGCAAGGGUGGUUUAAAAGGUGGUGAGGGUGGGGUAGAAAGGGGGGAGAGGUCCGGUGCAGGGGGCGAGGAGCAGCACAAGAUAGACGAGCUGCUGAAAGGCCUGGAGCAGCACCUGGGGGCCGCUGGGCGCAGGGGAGGCGGCGAGGGCGGGGAGGGUGGGGAGGGUGGGGAGCGGGUGGGUGGCAGUGAUGUGAAUGCGGGCGAUGGGGGCCAGACAGAGGAGGCGGAGCAGGGAGAAAGAAGCGAGGGGGCGGGUGGCGGAGCAGCGCAGGGGUCUGAUGGGGAGGCGGACAGGGAGCAGAGCAAGGGCGGCACGGCAGCUGGGCUGGACGGUGCAGUGGAUGCUGGUGGGGACGGGCGGAGAAGUGAGAGCGGUGCUGCUGACAGUGAGGGGCUGGAGGGUGCGGGGCUGGGGAAGGUAGGGGCGGGAGGAGUGGGAGCAAGAGGAGCAGAAGGGUCAAGUGGGGAAGAGGUUAAUGAGGGGACUGGACAAGGGAGCAAGGAUGACUCUGAAGAGGAGGAAGGGAAGGAGGGAGGUGCGGAAGGCAGUGUGGGUGGAUCUGGUGGUGGUGAGGGUGGCGCUUCAUCAGGGGAUUCUACUGGGAAUGAUGCUGGUGAGAGUGAUAAUAGUGAUGGUGGAAAAACUGCUGCUGAUAGCAGUCCGAGCGACACCAGGUUGAGUGUGAAACGUGAACGGCCGGAAGUAGGUGGUGGUGCAGGUGAAAGCAUGAGAAGCGUGGUGGAGUCAGCAGGCAGUGAGGGGGGGAAGGUGGUGGGUGGCGAGGUUCCAAGCAGGGGCGGCAGUGAGAGUGGGCCUGAUGAGCUGGGAGGAGAGGAUGGGGAGGGAACGGAGGGGAAAGCGGACACUAGUGGUGAUGCCGUGCAAGUUGGUGAUGUGCAGGUGGUUGAACAGGGUGUGGUGAUGGAUGGGAAUGGGGAUGGUGCGAGGAGUGACAGAGAGUGCACUGGCAGAGGGGCAGGCAGUGGAGUGAGUGAAGAGUCAGUCAGCAAAACAGGCAACCAUGCUGGUAAUGGUGCUUCGGCCACUGAUGCUCUAGCGGAUGCAGAGGUAGAGGAAGAAGAGGCAGUAGCGGCCCUUGAGACGGAGGCGCAAGGCGCGCGGAAGAAGGGCGGAGGGGAGAAGGUUCCCGCGCUGGUGAAGCGGGGUGGGCGCGCAGCGGUUGUGGUGGGUGGCGGAGCAAUGGCGGCGGCCGCGGCGGGUUCCUCGCUGCUAGAGUACCAGGUGCCGCCCGUUUUCCCACCUCCAGCGGGCGGACGCCGCCUUUUCCCCGCCCUCUCCCAUAGUAUCUCCCACCUAUUGCUCGCGCGCGUCUGCCGAUCCCGCGCCCGACAUGUGCAAGCGGUGCUGAAGGACGCCCACGUGGACCUCGCAGCAGCAAGGCAGAGAGGGAAGGGCGUGGUGGCGGCUGUGGAUGGCGCGGUGGAGAAACUAAGAGAAACACUAAGAGCCAUGCCGGAGGGAGAGCAGGUGACAGCAGACGCGGCUCUGCCAUACGUGGAGGCGCUGGUGGGGGCGGAGGGCGUGAGGAGCCUCGCCUUCACCUUCCACCGCCCCUCGCACGUCCAUGCCAUCGGCAGCUUCGCCCACCACUCCGCCUCCCACCCUGCAUCGCAUGCGCAUGAGGGUGGUGAUGGGGGUGAUGGGGGAGAGGGCGGAAAGGGCGGAGAGGGCGGAGAGGGCGGAAAGGGCGGAGAGGGCGGGGCAGCAGGUGUGGGGAGUGUGACGAGGCCGUGCACGCAUGUGGACGUGGCUGUCGAGAUGCCUCAGGCGUGCUUCCGGGAAAAGGACGUGUUGAACCACCGCUACUUCGCCCGCCGGGCGCUGUAUCUCGCCACGCUGGCACGCCACCUGGCGGCGUGUGAUUGGGUGGCGGCGGUGGAGUGGAGCACUUUGAGGGAUGACGUGUGCAAACCCAUCCUCCUUAUCAUCCCCCGUGAGCAACCGCAUUGUCAUCCCUUGCCAUGGCGUGCCGUGGUGUGCUCUGUUGUCCCUCUGCGGUCCCUCUUCCAACCCUCUACUCAUCUUCCCCAUCCCCCAAUCACCCUCCCCUCAUCCCCUUCCCAAACACCUUCCCCCCCUCUCCUUCCCUUCCCCCUCACAGGGGCGUGCAAGAGCUGGCCGCUGCGUCUGCUGCCGUGCCUGUCGCCCGCCACCUUCCCCGCCCGCAAGCUCGCCCCCUCACGCAACAACGUGCGCCAAGCCGCCUCUGCAGGUGGGUCUGCCAAGCCACGUCUGCACUGCAGGUGGGUGUGCCAAGCCACGUCUGCACUACAGGUGGGUCUGCCAAGCCACGUCUGCACUGCAGGUGGGUCUGCCAAGCCACGUCCGCACUGCAGGUGGGCUCGUGGUCCCCCCCAGUCCGGCCUUCCUCCCUGCCGCAUGCUCACGUGUUCACGUGUGGGCUUGCUAAGCCGAGGCGAGCUGAUGGCAACACCACGCUACAACAUGGGUGUGCUGGAGGAUGGCACUCACACGGCCGCCCAUCACCUCGUCUCACAUGCCAUCAACCUCGUGCCCGCCCUGCCCCAUGCUCUCGUGCUGCUCAAGGUCUGGGCUCGCCAGCGGUACGGCACCAAGCGCCACAUGGCACCUGCUGAUUGGCUGAACGGUUUCCAGCUGUCUCUGCUGGCAGCACACCUGGCGUCGCCCCACAACCCCCACCGCCGCGUCAUGCCUGCCAUGUCAGCAUUCCAGAUCUUCCGAUGUGUCAUUGAUGCCAUGGGCAACGCGGAUCUCCUCCAGCAGCCCAUCCUCCUCGUCGCCCCUGAUGGCUCCCCCAACGUGCUCCAGGCCAAUGCUCAGGCGCGCAGGGACAUGCAGAGAGCGUUCGACUGGCUGCUCUGCGACCCAUCGGGGACCGUCAACUUCGCCUCCCGAGUCUCCAAGUCCGCCCUGCACCAGAUUCGUCUGGAUGCGCAGCACACGUACAAUGUGAUCAAGUCAGGGGGGGCGCCCGUGGUGUGUCUGCCGGGACAGGGAGUGCUGCUCGCAUUUAUGCAGCCCUGCAGCCUGGCCGACAGAUUCGAUUUGAUCACCACUGUGCACGACACACCUCCUGCCACGCCCAAGGCGGCGCUGCUGCUGGACGAGCCCCCCCACCGGCGCAGGGAGGGGGCAGCAGCAGGUGUGGUGGCGAGGGGCAUGGGGGAGAGGGCCACGGCUGUGCGGGUGCACCCCAGGGAGGUGCCUUCUGGCUGGCGCCUUGAGCAGGGCCUGCCAGCGGUGGGCGGCGCGUCGGUGCUGAUCGGAGUGUCGCUGGCGUCGCCUGACACGGCUCUGCGCCUCGUGGACAAGGGGCCCAGCGCGGACAACAAGGCCGAGGCGCUCAAGUUCCGUGCUUUCUGGGGCCCCAAGGCAGAGCUGAGGCGCUGGAAGGACGGCACCAUCACCGAGGCUGUGGCAUGGGAAGCCCCCUCCACGGAGCGCCACCUCAUCCCCUCACGCCUCAUCUCGUUUGUCCUGCAGCGCCACCUGGGGGUGGACGAGGGCGCUGUGAGGGUGGCUGCAGGGCAGCUGGACUUUGCUCUGCAGGUGGCAGGCAAGGACCCAGCAUCAUCCGCCCCGGCACUCAGCGCAGCCUUUGAGCGUGUGGCCUCGCUGCUGCGCCAGCUGCCCUCCCUGCCGCUCUCCGUCGUCGCCCUGCACUCCCUCUCCCCCGCAACAAGGGGAGCAGCGGCCUUCCCCCCAUCACCCUGCCCGCCUCCCUCUGCAGGGGGCGCAGCAGAGGAAGAGGGCGUGUGGCGGCGCUGUGUGGAUCCGGUUCCCGUGGCCGUGCAGCUCGAGGCGUCCAGCAAGUGGCCCGAUGAUCCCGAGGCGCUGCGCCUCACGCGCCACGCGUUCUGCCUGCAGAUGGCCAGCAGCCUGCAGGAGGCACACGGGGUGGCAGUGGAAGCAGCGCAGGGCGCCGUGGAUGUGAUGAUUGAUGGCAUUGCCUUCCGCCUCGUGCUGCUCCAUGACUAUGGUGAGAUGCAUGACUAUGACACUACGGUGCACCGUGGUGCUCAUAGAGGUGCUGCUUAUAAAGGGGGUGCUGGUACAGGUGCUGCUGCUGAUGACGAUCACAAUCGGUCCCACUCCUCGCUUUCAAACGGGCUAGCCAAGCGGUGGGUGGCAAGCCAAGCGGUGGGUGGCAAGCCAAGCGGUGGGUGGCAAGCCAAGCGGUGGGUGGCAAGCCAAGCGGUGGGUGGCAAGCCAAGCGGUGGGUGGCAAGCCAAGCGGCUUGCCAAGCGGUGGGUGGCAGCUCAUCUCUUCUCAUCGCACCUCAAAGAAGAGGCGGUGGAGCUGCUGCUGGCUCACACCCUCACCGCGCCCAACCCCCUGCUGCUGCCCGCCCCCAAGUCGCGACUCGCUGGCCUCCUCAGGUUCUUCCGCCUCGUGGCGUCGUACGAUUGGCUGUCGCAGCCGCUCAUAGUGGACGUGAACAGUGCUUUCUCUCCUGAAGACGUGCAGCAGAUUCAGCUGGGGGUGAAUCGCUCUACCCUCUUCUUCUUCUCCUCAUUCUCCUCCCGUUCCUUCCUCCUUUGCCCCUUCCCUUCCCCUGCCACGCCCGUUUUGACGCGCGCCUACGGCCCCACACAUAUACCCUGGGAAGCGUGGCAUGAAUCGUCUCUUUAUCUUCCAUCUCUACCCCACCAACCACCCCUCCCCGCCAGGCUCGCUCGCUUUGACGAGCGCCUGCCACCCCACAAGGACACGCUGGGCAGCUCAGCACGCAGCGUGGCGAAGCGAUUGAAGCAGAGCGCGGCGGAGGGAGGGAAGGACGGCGAGGGGGAGAAGGAGCGGCGCCCCGCCAUGUGCAUCUCCACGCCGUACGAUCGCGACGGCGCCAUGUGGACGCAUCUCGGACCGUCCGUUGAGGCUCUGGAGCGUCUGUGUGCCUUUGCCGAAAGUGCAGCGCAAGUGCUGGCACAGCUGAUCACAGGGGAGGGGGAGGAAGGGGGAGGUGGGGAGGAGGGAGGAAGAAAGGGAGGGGGCAAGGGGAAGGAGAGAGGCAAUGAAAAGCACAGGGCGGUGCAGUGGAAGUCGCUCUUCCUCUCACCGCUCUCCACCACAUUCGACCUCAUCAUUCACCUGGACCCUGCGUCCCUCCCCCACCACCACCGCGUCCUCUUCCCGGCCCCCAAGGCUCUCAGCACCACCAAGGGCUGGUUGCAAGUACCCUCGUCCCUCUCUCCAACAGAUCCCACCUCCUCCUCAUCCUCCUCCCCCUCAACCGCCCUCCCUCCGUCUCUCCACCGCCUCGCCUCUGCCGGCCCUCCGCUGCUCAUUGGCUUCAAUCCGACGGCUCUGCUGCUCACACACCUGCAGGAACGGUUUGGCUCGGUGCUCACCUUCUGGUAUGACGGCCUCUGUGGGAGCGAGGUGAUAGGUGCUACAUGGCGCAUUCCCAUUGGUGCAUCUGCUGACGGCGGUGCUGCUGCCCCCUGCCUGCCCCGCCGGGCCCAGCAAGCCCACCUGCUGCCGUGCUCCCACCAGUCUGAGCGAGAGGCGCCUCAAAAGAUUCUGAGACAUAUCACCGGUGUGUUUGAGGCGCCUCAAAAGAUUCUGAGACAUAUCACCGGUGUGUUUGAGGCGCCUCAAAAGAUUCUGAGACAUAUCACCGGUGUGUUUGAGGCGCCUCAAAAGAUUCUGAGACAUAUCACCGAGGUGGAGCAGGGAAGAGCAAGGCUGUGCACUCCCAUGCUCCACCGUCCGCUCCACACUCUCCUCUCCCUUCCACGCUCUUCUCUCCUUUCUACACGUCCCACACCUUCCACCCCUCCUCUCUCCCAGUCCUCCACACUCUCCACUCCCUUACCGUCCACUCCCCUCCCUUACAUGCUCCACCAAACCCUGCAACGCCUAUGCCUUCUCUCCUCCCGCCACCCUAACCACUCACCAGCUGCUCUCUCCUUUCCUGCCGUCCCCACUCACCAGCUGCUCUCUCCUUUCCUGCCGUCCCCACACCCUCCCCACUUGGCUCUUGCCUCCCCAUGCCCAAUUCACUCACCUCACCACCUGCUUUCUCCACCCCUCACCCUCCCCACUCACCAGCUGCCAUGCGGAGUGGUGAAUGUUGCUGCCAUCAUUGAUGACAUCAGCAUCAUGGGUGCAGGCCUUGUGGCGUCUGUCCAUGUUCGGCAAUGA